AUGGUGGUAAUCGUAAAUGUUCAUUACAGGAAGUAUGACAGAUUACAUGUUAGAGGAAGAAGGGAUUCAAGGAAGCCCGAUGAAUACUUGAAAUGGAUAACGCAACAAUUUCAGGGAAAAGACAUAACAGAUUUUAAGCGGCUCGUUGAUGGUCCAUCUAGAUAUGCAGUAUCACAUAAUGCGUAUGCAGUAAAUGGAUAUAUCUUUUAUACAGCUGAUGCAGAAAAAGGUAUGUCCACCCAGAAUAGUGAAGUGUCCAUGAAUGCCACAACCACAUUCAGAGCAAGUGCCAGAGAUCAGAACACGGUGAACGAUGAAGUUCCAUAUUUCGGAAUUGUUAAACAAAUUCUAGAACUGGAUUAUACCACCUUCAAGCAAACUGUAUUUUAUUGUGAUUGGGUUCGUGUCGAAGACAAGGUGAAUGGAUGGAAAAUUUGGAGAGGCGGAAGUUCAAAACCAGAGAAAGAAAGUCCCACUGGUGAGAUAUAUAGGCCAGAUGUGUUUCUGAAGACACAUAAAGUCACCCCAUAUGAUAAUCCCUCAUCUUAUAAAUCACUGGCAGCUGCAAAAUUAGCAUUGGUGAAGGAGGAAUAUGAUAAAAAUCCUUCAGCACAAAAGUGUUUGGGAACCGACGCUGUUACCAAGAUAUUUGGCGCUGAUCGAAAGGGAUACAUACGCGGAAUGGGUGCUGGCGUUUCUAAAUCCCAGUUUCUUGCUUCUGAGUUUAUGAACGCCAGGUUGCAGGAAGAGAAGCACAAUGUGCUGAAAGAGAAGCAGAAAAACGAAGCUUUGAAAGCACAGUUGGAUGCUGAAAGACAGAAAAACAACACUGGAGUACAUGAUCAGAUCUCUAAUAGCUCUUACCAGCAGGAUAUUGGGAUGCCAAUAGUACCAUCGACGUUUGGUCUUUUAUUUUUGAGGAACUCAAGGAAAAAGCCAGUAGCAGUUGAAUAUGUCGAUACUACAGUGCUGAUUGAUGACAACUACAACUGCAUGCUUCACGUAAUCAUUGAGCCAAAUGAAAUGUUGUGUGACAGAGAUGAAGCUGUACUUCGGGAUGUUCCUAUUGGUAACUUUAUUAGGUGGCCAAAGGCCUAUGUGACUCCUGUAGGAGAGCAUUUAGAUCAUGUAACUUGGAGUUGUUAGGAUGUCUUCUAAUUUAUGUUGAAUAUUCUAUUUUCUUUUAAAAAAUAAUUAAUAAAUUAAUAAAGUCAAUUUGUUUAACUG